AGUCAAAGUUAUGUAAAUGAAUAGACCUGCAAGCUGGAAACCGAAAACGAAUGGCUUCCAGUUCCAGUGGAAACACCAGUAUUGCUUCGAGUAGCACAAGUCCCCCGUCGAACCCAGCCCCGAGUCCCUUCGACUUACAGGAAGAGGAGCGUGAAAAGAUAUUCUCGUAUGCGGUAGAAGCGGUUAAGCAAUGCCAAAACACUUUCGGAGGUAAAUCACAGCUAGCGGCGGAUACUGACACAACAGUUUCUAUACUGCUGCUAAGAUUAGAAAGGAUUUUCCAACAUGGUCUGAAGCAAAGAUUGACCAAAGCCGUUAUUGAUGGAGCAUUUCGACAGAUUACAGAACUGAGUGGUAUCAAUUUGAACUAUAUGAAACCAGAACUCGGAGAAGAUGUAGUAUUUUGGAGUUUUGUCAAAAAUUUUCUCAACAAAGAUGAACUAGCGAGGUUUAUGGCUUUAAAAAAUAUCACGUCGGAGUUCGGUCGCGGGAGAGCGUGGGUUCGAGCGGCUCUAAAUGAACACAACUUAGAUCGCUAUGUGUCUAUGAUCCUAGCAGAUCCGCUGCUGACUAAGCAGUUUUACGAGCCGUAUGCCUUUUUGCUAGAUACAGAGAAAGCUGCGACUUUGCCGCAGAUGAUUUCGAGCUUGAGAAAUAUUUAUUUUGCGUUGAAGAUAGAUAACUCGGAUUUGGAUUUUGGACGAAAUCUGGCUACUGUUGCAGAUUUUUCGGAAUCUCCAGAUAUUGGUCUCGAUAAAGCUGGAGCUAACAAAAUCCAACAACGUCAGGAGUCACUGCUGCUUAGAACUGAUUCGUCGGGUAGUUCUGAGAAAAGGCGAAAGCAUAAGAAAAAGAAACUGGCCAAAAUUGAAGAACUGUCAAGAAACAACCAGGUGCCGUCAUUAUUUGGCACCCAGGGUUCGUCAGCUAUAUCGGCACCAACUUCCAGUAGCUUGGGCCAGGGUUACGACCAGACCUUGGAUCCAUUCCAAAUAUCCGAUUCGAGUGCUCCUCCGGAUUUGAUUCCAAUUUUCGAGAAGCUUGAAAUCAAUCACCCAAUGGGAAGACUUGACAUGUCAUCGCAGAACUCGGAGUCGUUGGACGAUGGAUCCGGAAUAACAGGAGUCUCUGGAAGUCUGGAACUUCUGGAGGACAGUGGGGACUACGUAGGGUCGGAGUUGGGAGGAGCGAUGGGAGGAGCUUCUUCUGUUGAUUCACUUCAUCAGAGUACGAUAAGAGGCGGCGCUGGACGAAGACCAGGCCAUCACCGGAGUCAGUCUGACAACGCAGCUAAACUGCAGGCUAUUAAAAUGGAGUUUGCGAAUGGGAGUAAUUCUGCGACGUCCAGUCUGACCUCGGAGGAAAUGAAGCAGGCCGUUCUGGAUAUGAUGCGACGCAAAGAUGAAUUCGAACGGGAGAAUAACUCGCUAAAGGACCAACUGAGACAAGAAAAAGCAUACUCGGAGGGACUCCAGAAAGUGUUGGACUCCACUAAACAGGAGCUGGACACUCUCCAGAGCACAAGCGAAGAGGUUGAAAGCAGUUUGAGGAAGGAGGUGGAUGUUUUGAAGGGACAGUUGAAGCGAUAUGUGAGUGCGGUGAACACUCUCAAGCAGGAUAGGAAAGCCACGGUGAAAGCUGCAGUACAAGAUGCUACCUCAAAUAUUGAAAUCGACUCCGCCUGUUCCUCGCACGACGCUCUAGACAAUCUAAGUCGGACUUCAUCAGUGGAAGGGGAAUCUUCAGGCUAUGAGGCAAAACUGAUAGCGAUGAGUGGACUGCAUGCGGAGCUAUUGGAGUUAAAUGAGCAGUUGCAGAGUGAGAAUAUGAGUAAAGAGAGGACUAUCCAUCAUCUGAGAAAUGAAAUCAAUGUACUCCGAGGUCCACUACCAGGCAAUGAGUUUCUGACGGUGGAAGACCUCGCAGCCAUGUUUGUCAAUGUCUGGAUUCCCUCAUCCUUCCUGAGACAGUCGCACCAAAUAUACCACGUGCACAUCAGAGUCAAGAACGAAGAGUGGCGCAUAUUCAAACGAUACCAGCAGUUCCACGAUUUCCACAACUCCCUCAAAAAAGAGUACCCAGUUGUAGAUACAUUUGAGUUCCCGCCUAAAACAAUUAUGAGAAAUAAAGAUGCGACAUUUGUCGAGGAGCGCAAGCAGUCGUUGCAAAGAUACCUUCAGAAAACGACGAAUUUUUUGGUCCGACAGCACUCGCGGAUUCGCACGCAGUUGUCCAAAGAUGUGUUAAUAAACUUUCUCCCAUUUUUCAGUCCGGUGCAUAAUGCUUUCACAGUAAAUCGAUAGUAUGCUUUACAAAACGUUAGAAUUAAUAUUUAUGAUUUAGUCGAAUCUGAAAAUUUCGCAGAUAUUUAGGAAGUGAAAUAUUAAAUUUUUU